AUGAGUCCUCUGGCCGCACACUACCUGGAGAUCUUGACUAUGUUAUCCAGCGCCAUCUCGAAGAAACAGAGACAACUGCACUACCGGAAGAACCGGGCCAGGAUCCGUGGCAGCAAAAGCAAGUACACAAUGUACCAGCGCUACCGGGAGGAGAAGGCACAGUGCUCCCUGCCAACGGCGAUGGAACAGAGGUGA